CUGGUGUGCACUCAUUUUGUGUGGCCACCGCACAUUUUUUAUGUAUACAUCGAGGGAGAUUGAAGAGACUAAACAGAAAAGAACGCCCAAAUUUUGGUAAUGGAAAGUGGAGUAAUGGCGUCUCAAACUUGACGACACUGAUUAAACGCGCGCCUCCUACUUUCUCUCCAUUUGCCCCUCUCUUCCAACUUUUCUGCUCCGAAUCUAAUCUCGGCUUUUUACUCUCCAUUUCGUGCUCUGAAUCAUUUCGGAACCUGUGGAAGAUCAGGGAUGGUGGGUGUUUGAGAGCGCUGGAAUUGAAGCUAUGGGUUCCAGUUCCGAUUCCUAUUCGAACAAUGAUAAUAACAACGCAGUAGGAUGGAACAGAGCUGGGGGUUUGAUUAUGAAGACUUUGGUACUCUUUGGUGGUGCCCUUUUGCUUAAACGCCUCACUAAGUCCACAACGCGAUGGGAUCAUGCCCGCUUCGUUUCUCAGUCCCUUUCUGGCGAGAAGUUUUCGAAGGAGCAAGCAGCUAGGGAUCCUGAAAAUUACUUCAAUAUCAGAAUGGUUACGUGCCCUGCAGCAGAAAUGAUCGAUGGUUCUACGGUAUUAUACUUUGAACAAGCAUUCUCCAGAACUCCUCAAAAACCCUUUCGUCAGAGAUUUUAUACGGUGAAGCCUUGUUCAAAAGAGAUGAAAUGUGAUGUGGAGUUGAGCUCAUACGCCAUUCGGGAAAUGGAGGAGUACAAGAAUUUUUGUGAUCGGACAAAAGAUCAACGUCCUCUUCCCGAAGAAAUUGUUGGGGACAUUGCAGAGCAUUUAACUACGUUACAUCUUAAGCGUUGUGAUCGUGGAAAACGUUGCUUGUAUGAAGGUUCUACUCCACCCGGCGGUUUUCCAAAUUCAUGGAAUGGAGCAGCCUACUGUACUUCUGAAUUAUCUAUCCUAAAGAAUAAUGAAGUACAUACCUGGGAGAGGGGUUACGACGAAGAUGGAAACCAGGUUUGGGGAACAAAAGAAGGACCUUACGAAUUCAAGGCAGUUCCAGCCAACAGUCUCAAGGACAUGUUUUCUCCACUAAAUUUCUCUCAGCAGUCCAUGGAGAAAAGAAUAGAGGGCUCAUUUGUCUUGCAAUAACAGUCACUUGAUAAUUUAUCUUAUAUAUAGUGUAAAUUUCCGUCACCUUUCCUAUCUGAAAUAAAAUCUUGCAUUUGCUUGUCA